AUAAUGGUGCACAUGAAUGCCCUGGCAGGUGCUCUCAAGAGCAUUAGCAAUGCCAAAAAGAGAGGCAAACACCAGGUUCUUAUUAGGCCAUGCUCUAAAGUCAUCAGCCAGUUUCUAACUGAAAUGAUGAAGCACGGUUACAUUGGCAAAUCUGAAAUUACUGAUGGUCACAGAGCUGGAAAAAUUGCUGUGAACUCCAGGGGCAGGUUGAACAAGUGUGGAGUGAUCAACCCCAGAUUUGAUGUACAACCCAAAGAUCUAGAAAAAUGGCAGAAUAAUCUGCUCCCAUCCUGCCAGAUCUGUUUCACUGUGCUGAUAACCUCAGUUGGCAUCAUGGACCAUGAAGAAAUAAGACAAAAAUACACAGGAGGGAAAAUCCUGGGAUUUUUUUUUUCUAGGGAUGCAAUACACACGUGCAAAUAA